GCUUACCGCACGUAUACAAUCGACCACUGCCACCGUUGGGAAGACCUGGCCGCCGACAUGGACGAUCAACCGCGCGCCAGAGCUGCAAAACGGCUGAUGCCAGCUCUCUGUCUGGGCACGACCCAUAAGAUAGACGAGGAGGACGACCUUGUCGCCUGUAGCGUAGAGCAUAGCGAUGCCAAGGUGCAGACGCAAGUUCUAGCGGCAUAUGUAGAGCCGGCGGCCGGCGGUAGUCCUAGGAUGGGCAACGGCUAUGACGAAGACUCUGACUGCGACGAUGGCUUAGGCAACGGCAUUGCCUCGGGUCGUACGACAUUGGAUCGGCCGCUCAUUGUGCGGAAUGUCUCCUCGGCUGAUAUCAACGAUGCUAACAAUACCACCGUACUCGGGCGGGAGGGGGAAGAUUAUACGACGACCGAGGCGAGCCCUGCAGCUAAGACCAGCUAUGCGGACGACAACAUCAGCAAUGCAGUUGACAUAGCCAUGUCCGAGAAGGCGGGGGAAGAUAAUGCAACGACAAAGACGAGCUCUACAGCCAAGGCCAGCGAUAUGGAUAAUACUAUCAUGUUCCAGCAGGAGGGUGCUGGCUAUCGCCAGAGUGAUAAUUGCCCGGAUUGCUCUAGAGAUAAACCGCUUACGACUUAG